AUGCAGGUCACGCUCUUUGAAGCUCCCCCGGAAGACCCAUCAAAAUCUCAGAUAGAAAAUAUCCUAGAGCUGACCCCGGUAUCUGAUUUUGGACCGGAUGUUUUUACAAACACACGUCCUCUAUGGCAUCCACCCGGUGCCCGUGGAAUCUAUGGCGGUGCUGCCAUCGCCCAGUCCCUAGCCGCAGCCCAAUUGACCGUUAGCCCCGGAUUCUCCCCACAUAGCAUGCAUUGCUACUUCGUGCUGGCUGGAGACGCAGAAAUUCCAAUCAUAUACCAUGUCGAACGGGUUCGGGAGGGACGGUCCUUCGCGACCCGCACCGUCCAGGCACGACAAAAAGGGAAACCCAUUUUCACUACAACUAUCAGUUUCGACCGCGAGGGGAGCGGCGGGGAGGAGAAGGUUGAACAUAGCACGCCGAAGCCGAACAUAGCGCUACCUCCAGCUAACGCCAGUGCCGCUUCCAAAGGGCCAUUUGAAACGAGAAACGCUGGGGUUGUUAAUAGAAACUCCCCUCGUGCCGAGGAAAAAGCCAUCUACCAAUUUCUCCGUGCCCGCGGCACCAUCUCCGCCGCCGGAGGCCAGCAAGCGCAUCUCUCCGCUCUUGCCUACAUGUCCGACAGCUACUUUAUCGGUACCAUUGCGCGAGUCCAGAACAUCCCGCGCUUCGCGUCCCCUGGCGCUCUAAAAGACGCCAUCUCCAAGUUGAAAAAUCCCUCCGAUCUGGAUAGUGAGGAGAUCGAGAGAUCGCUAAAAGAACUCCUGCGCCAGGAAGCCGCUGAAUUUUACGCUGAAGCUAUGCAAGACUCGAAAGUUGACCCCGCCCCACCUAAACGGGAGAUGGGGAUGAUGGUCAGCUUGGAUCACACGAUAUACUUCCACGCGCGUGGAGGUUUUAGGGCGGAUGAGUGGUUGUUUAUAGAGAUGACGAGUCCUUGGGCAGGCGGUGGGCGGGGCUUGGUGAUGCAGAAGAUGUGGUCUCAGGAUGGGACACUGUUGCUCACAUGCGUGCAGGAGGGGGUUGUGCGACUGAAGCAAGACAGUGCCAGCAAACCUAAUAAGCUGUGA